AUGGCCGGGACGGCUACCGCGACGUAUUCGACAGAUGCUUGGACGUCGCCUACUGUAGACGGGGGUCAAUGGGAGUUCUCAGUUCCGAUCAGACAAGAUAGCACUAAUUACCGCUCCAAAUCGCGCUCGUCCCAUGAUUCUCGCUCCCGGGGCCAUCGCCAAAAGGGCUCUCGCAGCUCCUCUCUGUCAAGACAUGUCCACGUUCCCGACCAAACCAACGCGCGCGGUCGCGGAGACGCCAGUCACAGCCGACGCGAAAGUGAGGAAUUUGGCUCACAGCACCACUACGGAUACGAACCAGUAGACCGCAGCGCCAAUCUCGCGAGGGCCUCAGUCGAGGCUCCCCGUCAGGAUGGACCGAUAAAAUCGGGCGAGGGCAUCGGAGUAUACCUUGAGGAGCUGGAUAAUGAGAAGUGGAUCCAUCGGGAUAAGUUGGCCAAGAUUGAAAGUGAAGAAUUGCAGCAGUUUUUCCAACGACGGGCAGCAACAGACGGACCACAGACCGGCCGUGGAAGAUCUCAUGAGUCUCAUGGGCUCAACGGGCGCUCUUUCUCCCCGCACUCGCCGAACGAGCAGAUGGAACCGUGGCCUAGCCUACACGAUGGAUCGCCGCGCGACUCCUACGACUCACGAACCUUUUCCGAUGCCGGUGACCACCACGAUAGUACGCAAGGUGAUCGCGAGCACUGGGAUCUCCGUCGGCCAGAGGAAAUUGCUGCAGACCGGGCGAAAGAGCAGGCAGCGUCGGGCUUUUACCACAAUCCUGGCUUGCGAAAGAGCUCCUCUCGAAUCCCGCUUUCCAAGGCCAGUCCCGCGCCGAUCUCACCGGAACACACUGGACGAGAAUUCCCUAUGCAGCGCUCCCGAGCCCUAACUAAUGGUGAAGAUGAGGUAUUGUCGAUCGGAAUGCCGCGUCGAGCCAGCGAGCCAAUGACCGUGGAGGCGGCAAGCAGCCUACCUGCGAGUGGCAGUCGGCCGGGUAGCCGUGGGUUCCCAUCACAGAAUACGGCGGCCAAGAAAACGCCCGCAAAGGCUGGACCUACGAACCGCAAAACCUCUGCUCCUCCUGCAACUCGAAAGGCGACUCCACGAGCUCGUCUCCCGUCUAAUACUCAGCGGCCCGGAGCCCGAGCAGGCGAGAGUCGUGGCCCGCCCAACCCCAUUAAUCGGCCAGAAGGAGAUCCUCCAUGGCUGGCUACCAUGUACAAACCCGAUCCGCGUCUUCCUCCGGACCAGCAGAUUCUCCCCACACACGCGCGGCGCAUGCAGCAGGAGCAAUGGGCCAAAGAGGGUAAGACCCCAACAAUGUACGAUCGCGAGUUUGCCCCGUUGGCUAUCGGGCCCGAUGGACCAUGCAAGGUGGAGAGGCCGAAGAAUGAGCGUCCCGAGCAGGAGAAGCCCCAAGUGGAGGAGAAGGCGAAGGACGAACCGCAGCUUGCGCCGCAGCCUGCGCCGCAGCCUGCACCACAGCAAACUACGAACGAGCAGUUACCGCCCAAGGAAGGUGAAACAGAUACACGCCCCGUCACAGGCAGUGGGUACAGCACAAUGCCCCGUGUACAGGAACCCAACCCGGCACCGCUGACACCGAAAUGGAGCCCACCUGUGGUGACGGCGCAAGCGCCACCCCCGAAAGAGAAGGGUUGUGGAUGCUGCAUCGUGAUGUGA